AUGGCUCUUGCGACGUUCAUUUCCGUGUGCGAUAAACUAAGCCAUUUCGAGGCCAAGAUCAAUGAACCAUCGACUUCUGAGUCCUCUCAAUACGCCCUUGGGGUCCGCCGUGACCACGUAAAGAAACUUUGGGAGACGAUUGAGAGCGAGUACGACAAAUGUUCCCAAGUUCUCCAGCAGGAAGCCUCCAGCAGUGGUGAGUGGCAGGCAAUAGAAGCCAAGUAUGACUACUGCUAUUCCGUUUAUGAACGCUGUGUAGCCCAGCUAACAGAGGUUAUCGAAAGAAUGUCCGUUCCAACUCUUACAAGGGCAUCAAGUACUGCCCAACUGUCCAUGUCUAGCGGAUGCCGACUUCCGCCCUGUGACACUGAAGUUUUCAGGGGGGAUUACUUACGGUGGCCAACGUUCCGCGACCUUUUCACUGCUAUCUAUGUCAACAAUCCGAGGUUGACGCCGGUGGAAAAGUUAUUCCAUUUAAAUGCCAAAACAGAGGGAGAAGCGAAGGCUAUAGUAGCAAAAUCUCCACUCACGCAUGACGGUUUUGAAUCGGCUUGGACCGCGCUUUGUGACCGUUUUGAAAACAAGCGUCUUCUUGUCAACAGCCAAUUAAAAAUCCUGUUCAAUCUUCCCGUAGUGGUGGUUGAGUCCGGUGCAGCUUUAAAGGAGCUGCAAAGUACCAUCCAAGGCUGUCUCACGGCGUUAGAACACUCCAAAAUUUCAAUCGAUAAUUGGGAUUGUCUUCUCGUAUUUCUCUGCUCCUCAAAGCUUCCGAAAUUGACCCUUUCUUUGUGGGAACAAUCCUUGUCCAAUAAGUGCGAGAUACCCUCAUGGGAUGAAAUGAACUCGUUUCUCAGCGAACGAUAUCGCACCCUGGAAGCCAUAGAGGAUGUUAAACCCAGCUCCAGCAUUAAGAUGGUUAACUCCCAACCGCCUUCAAAAAACACAGGCUCAAAAAGGAUUAACUCCUUUGAGACCAACGUGACGCAAGGACCCAGAAACUGUGACCUUUGCGCAAAAGAGAAUCACCCAGUGCGGUCCACUACGCCUACCAAUGUGCAAAGUUAUCUAGCAGCAGCCACACAAGGUGUGCUGUUAAGUACGGCAAUGAUAAAUGUCUGUCACUUAGGAGUGACGUAUACUGCGAGGGCCUUACUUGACUCCGGGUCUGAGGCUACGUUUAUCUCGGAGCGUCUCUUUAGGAUUUUGAAGCUUCCGUACCAAUCCGUACAAGCUAGAGUUUCCGGCUUAAAUCAAGCAGUGGCUGCCCAGUCAACUAAGAUGUGCCAUUUUCAAAUUGGGUCGCCAAUAAAACCUAGACUACACAUUGAGGCAGAAGCAUUUGUCGUGCCACUUCUAUCCGGAAAGUUGCCUUCAAGCUCCAUACCAAAGGAGCAGUUAAAGGACCUUCCCAGUUUUACAUGGGCUGAUCCUUCGUUUUUCCAGAGCUCACAAAUUGAUCUGCUGAUUGGGGCGGAUAUUCUUCCGUCUAUUCUUCUGAGUGGCUCGAGGACAAAGAUCUGUGGCACUCUGUUAGGUCAGGAAACAGUAUUUGGCUGGAUCCUGAGUGGGCCAGUCUCCAAGGCCGUGCCAAAAUCCAUUUCGAACUUUUCCACAAAGGUCUCGAUAAGCUCUGAAGCUAAACUCGAGAAACUUCUCACAAAGUUUUGGGAGGUGGAGGAUCUUCCAGGGAAGCCGGUAAAAGAGUCCGAUUCUUUCUGUGAGAAGAACUUUGUGCAAACAACAAGGAGAGAUGACACUGGGAGAUAUGUCGUCACCCUACCAUUCCGAAGUUGUGAUCGGAUUGAUCUAGGGCAUUCAAGAUCCAUAGCAUUGGCUCAAUUCCUAAAGAACGAAAGCCGUUUGAGAAAAAAUCCAACUCUUAAAGAAGAAUAUGAAGCAGUAAUCAGGGAUUACUUAGACCAGCGGCAUAUGUCUCCAAUCGUUCCAGACUCCAGUGGGAAGAAUUUCUACUUGCCUCAUCACGCCGUUUUUAAGCCAGAUAGCACUACUACCAAGGUUCGUGUAGUAUUCAAUGCUUCCUGCCCUACUUCCAAUGGAAAGAGCCUGAAUGAUAUCCUUCAUCCAGGGCCUGUGUUACAGUCCGAUUUGACUUUGCAGGUCUUACGCUGGCGGUUCUUUCGCUUCGUUUUCAAUGCCGACAUUACGAAAAUGUACCGACAAAUUCUCGUUGCUCCAGAGCACACUCCAUUCCAAAGAAUCCUGUUUCGUGAUGCAAAUGACCAAAUCUGUGAUUAUGAACUCAAAACAGUCACAUUUGGAGUAAAUUGUGCUCCGUUCCUUGCAAUAAGAGUAUUGCAGCAGUUGGCGAAAGAUGUGAGAACGACUUUUCCAUUGGCAAGUGAAAUUAUUUCUACUUCUAUGUUCGUAGAUGACGUACUGGCUGGGGCGCACACAAAGCAAUCUGCUGGUGUAGCUAUUGAACAGCUACGUGCGGCGCUCAGGAGCGCAGGAUUUCCGUUGCGCAAGUGGACGUCCAACUCCAAGUGCAUUCUCAAGGACAUUCCUAAAGAUCACUUGCUAAGAGAGGGUUUCUUAGAGCUAGAUGAUCAGAGCACUGCCAAAACUCUCGGGAUUCGUUGGCAGGCAAAUAAAGAUGAAUUUUUCUUCGUCCCGUCCGAUAUUACUCCAAAGGCAGUCCUCAGUAAACGGGAGGUACUGUCCCAAAUUGCAAGACUUUUUGACCCGGCAGGAUGGCUGGCACCUUUCGUGAUCCGAGCAAAAAUCUUUAUGCAGGAGAUUUGGCUCCAGCAGCUGGGUUGGGACGAUCCACUCCCUGCUGAGCUCAUGGGAAAAUGGAACGAAUUUCUUAUGAGCUAUCCUACUAUAAACCAAAUCCGAAUUCCGAGAUGGGUGAAAUUUGGUCCACAAUCCAAAGUUCAAUAUCACGGCUUCUGCGAUGCAUCGCAGCAAGCAUAUGGAGCCGCGAUCUAUGUCCGAAUUGAACACGCUCAGGAGGUUUCUAUUUCUCUUUUGACCGCUAAAACUCGCGUGGCUCCAGUAAAGACCAUGUCCAUACCACGCCUUGAAUUAUGCGGUGCAGUUCUUCUGGCUGAGUUAUUCCAAUCGGUUGUUCCACAACUCCCUCCUGAUGACUUCGACACAUUCUACUGGACGGACUCCACGAUAGUGCUAGCAUGGUUAAGCAAACCGCCAUGUACCUGGACAUGUUUUGUGGCAAACAGAAUUGCCAAGAUUACACAGUCCGUAGAUGCUGGGAAGUGGUCUCACGUGCGGUCUGAAUUCAAUCCAGCUGACUUGGCUAGUAGAGGCGUGGCUCCACAGGAUCUCGCCUCAAGUAACUUGUGGUGGAAUGGCCCACAAUGGCUACAGCUUCCUAAGGAGCAAUGGCCUACUCCAAUAGAAUCCGUACCUGAGACAGAACUUGAGCAGCGUCCUAUCAAAUGCAACUUGGCUAAGUUGCCACCAUCGGAGGAUUACAUAGAUCGUUUUUCAGACCUAAGUCGUGCCCUCCGGGUGACCGUUUAUGUCCUGCGGUUCCUAAGGCGUUGCAAGGUACCAUCUACGGUCUUGCCAACUGAAAUCAGUACCGCCGAAAUCCGAGAGGCACAAGAGUGUCUUCAUGUUCUGACCCAACGGCAAGGGUAUCCAAAAGAAUACAGUUGCUUGUUAAAAAAGCAACAGAUCCCAUCAUCCAGCCCUCUCAAGAACCUGAAUCCCUUCUUAGACCACAGAGGGGUACUGCGAGCAUCGGGCAGGCUUGUUGCGUCCGACACGCUUUCCUACGAUGAGAGACAUCCGAUUAUAAUACCAUAUUCCAGUCCAUGGGCCCGUCUACUGGUUCGAUUUACUCACCGCAUAUCCUUGCAUGGUGAGAGUCAGCUCCUAAUGCGACUCAUUCGAUCCAAGUAUUGGAUUCCAAAGCUUAAAACUUUGCUAAAAGCUACUAUUAGUGCAUGCAAGGUGUGCUUGAUCUACCGAAAGCGGUUGCAGACCCAACUCAUGGGGGAGCUGCCCGCGGAACGGGCCACUUUCUCACGUCCGUUUACACACACUGGCGUAGAUUUCGCCGGUCCCUUUGAGAUUAAGAAUUAUACGGGCCGUGCGUGCCUUAUCACAAAGGGCUACGUGUGUGUAUUUGUCUGCUUCAGCACAAAGGCAAUCCACCUUGAAGCUACGUCAGACUUGACGAGUGAAAAAUUCCUGGCGGCUUUUGCGCGCUUGGCUGGUAGAAGAGGCUGCCCACAGAAAUUAUAUUCAGACAACGGUAAGACAUUUGUGGGUGCCUCAGCCAUUAUCACGCGGGAUUUCCUACAAGCAACGAGAGAGAUGGUCACUGCACACUACAGCCACCAAAACCUAUCCUGGUACUUCAAUCCGCCAAGUGCUCCACAUAUGGGAGGACUGUGGGAAGCAGGAGUGAAGAGCUUUAAGGCGCAUUUCUACAAGUCUGCUUCCUCAGUCAAAUAUACGUUUGAAGAACUUUCGACAUUAUUAAUAAAAAUCGAGGCGUGUCUCAAUUCACGGCCCAUUUCUCCAAUGUCAGAGGAUCCUACUGACUUAUUAGCCUUGACUCCCGGGCAUUUUUUGAUCGGUGGCCCACUGCUAGCUCUGGCCGAACCAGAAAUUAAAGCUAACGCAGUAUCCAUCAUCAACCGUUGGCAACGUUUAAAGGGCCUUCAUCAACAAUUUUGUGUCCGAUGGAAGGAAGAAUACCUAAAGGAGCUCCACAAACGGAAUAAGUGGCAGUCACCAACUACGAAUCUCCAGGUCGAUGACAUGGUUAUCAUAAAGGAAGACAACCUGCCCACGAACGAAUGGCGCCUCGGCCGAAUUCAGAAGGUUUGCCCAGGUGCAGACGACAAGGUCCGAGUGGUGGAUGUUCUUACGUCAAGAGGCGUAAUACGUCGGCCGAUCGCGAAAUUAAUACUUCUUUCACUCCUAAAGUAA